UUGGUACAGACGAUAACUGGUUUAAGGCAGAACUUAGGGGCGUCGAAGGAUUUGUUCCUAAGAACUAUGUGGAAAUGCAUAUUCCAAGGUGGUUUUGCGAGGACAUUUCACGUACUGAAGCUCAGAAUGUACUUAUGUGCAAGCAUGUUGGUUUUUUCAUCAUUCGAGCCAGCCAGACUUCCAAAGGAGAAUUUUCUAUCUCAGUGAGGCAUGAGGAAGAUGUGCAGCAUUUCAAAGUCAUGAGAGACAAGUUCGGCAAUUACAGCUUAUGGACUGAAAAAUUCAAGUCUAUCAACAAACUUGUUGAAUAUUACAAAGCCACAUCCAUUUCUCGACAGAAACAAAUCUUCCUUCAAGAAGAAGGGUCAUCACAACCACAGGUACAUCCUGCUGCUUGUGCCAGUAAAAAUCAAGGUAAAACUUCAUCUGAAUUAAUGAAGGUUUCGCCUCAAGCAAAAUGUACUCAGCUGGUGAAAGCACUCUAUGACUUCAAGGCCCUGGAGCCAGAUGAACUCAGCUUCUAUACCAAUGAUGUAAUCGAAGUGCUGGACAACUCUAAUUCUUACUGGUGGAUGGGAAAAUUAGGGGAGAGAAUUGGGCUCUUCCCAUCAAAUUAUGUAGCUGGCAUCAACCGAUGACAGCAAGUAUACAUCUAGGGACUGAAAUAUUCCUCCCAGCUUGGAUUGUUUAUUUCCUGAGAGUGUUCUUCAUAUUAAUAUCACAGAAAAAGAGCAACAUUUACCUUUCUUACAACACAAAACUAUUCAACAGCUGAUGGC